AUGGGGCGUUGUAGGGUAGCACGCAGCACAGCACAGCGGAUAAGCCCCUCCCUCUCACCCUUCGCUUCCCCAGCGAUAGUAACUGAGGGCCUCCUUCUACACGCCCCUCCCUCCCCAUUCCAUCCUUCCCAUUCCCAUCCCAGCGCCCCUGUUCACGCGCCCUUGUUCACGGUGCUGGUGGUCGUGUGGGUAGCAUGCGGCGCAGUGAUCGCGGCUUGGCUGCUGUGCAGUCGGCACAAGCAGUAUGAGCACCACAGGGAGGAAUCGCUGGGCGUGUGGUGCAAGGAGCGCGCCCUCAUGCUGCAGCAGCUCGUGCUGGCCCACGCGGUGCAGAUGCAGACUCUGGCGGGGCUGAUUUCGGUGAUGGGAACGCCAGGGCGGGCGAGCAAGUGGGACAUGGGCGGGUGUUUGAACGGCAGCAUGUGGGUCUCUUAUCUCACUCGCACCGCACAAACUCGCCCCGGAAACACGGGUGCGGUUGCGUGUGCGGUGGUACACGAUGCAGAGAGGGCGGACUUUGAGAAGCAGUAUGGCAGCAUCAGAGACAACACGCUGAUUGUCAGCGCCCGCCGCCCCAUCUACUGCGCCAAGGUCCUCGAGCUCACAACGCUGUGGGCCACCAACGGCCCCAGCAACAUCGACAUGUUUCAGCGAUUCUCCUGGGCCAUCCCGCUCGUGGAGGCGGGAAAACACUUCUAUACCUGGCCCUACCCCCUCGCCAACCCCCUCACCCAUGCCGGAUUCGACCCAUCAAAGUCCUUUGAGCUAUACGACAUCACCGACCCAGCCUCGCUCUUCGCCAUCGUCUCACCAGUCCCCCCCCACGCCUACUUCCGCCCCGACGACAAGCUCCCCUACAUGCACCCCUCCCCAGAGUCCGAAACCCGCCCCUGGGAGCAUCGAGCCGUGGUGCCUUUGGAGGAGAUGGGAGGGGGGGUGAGAAAGUACGAGGUCUGGUGCAGGCACACACAGCCUCCCAACACAUGGCAGCAGUGGGGCAUCCCCAUCCUCAUUGCCCUCUUCGCCCUCCUUCUCGUGGUGCUCGUGUUGGCGGCUGCAUACCUGCAGCGGAGCAAGUUCCUGCAGACCCAGCAGCAGACGGCAGAGGCGGAUAGGCUGAGACGGGAGGCAGAUGAAGCAGAGGCGUCAAAGAGCAUGUUUGUGGCGUGCAUGUCCCAUGAGCUGCGGACGCCCAUGGUUGGGAUUAUUGGCAUGCUCGAUGCUCUAGCAGACAUGGGCCUCAACUCCUCCCAGCUAGCAGACCUGCUAAUGGCCGGGGCAUCGGCAAGAGAUGCACUGCAUCUGGUCAACCACGUGUUGGACCUGGCGAAGCUGGAGGCAGGCAAGGCGGUGGUGGAUGAGACGGUGAUUGAUGUGCGGGAGUGGCUUCGUACAGUUUUGGACUGGCACGCGGAGGCAGCGAGUUCCAAAGGCAUUGAAUUGAGCGGCAUUGUGGGAGACGACUGCCCCACGCAUGUCAUUGUGGACCCCAUGCAUCUCGGAAGCAUGGUCAAGGAGAUCACAGGUGCGCUCGCGGUUGAGAGUGGUGAUGUGCGUUGGUGGGAUGAUAUGUCGCGUCUGAACUCCAUGCACCUCGGCACCAUGGGCAAGGAGACCACAGGUGAGGUGAGCCCCAGGCUGAGGCUCUGCGUGAGUGGUGGGUGGGUUGAUGGGGGCAGAAACCGCCCCACGCAUGCCAUUGUGGACCCUUUGCAUCUGGGCAGCAUGGUUAAGGAGAUCACACUCUCUCAUUCGUCAAUCUCCCGCCCUCUCUUCCCCCACAGCUUUCCCUUCCCACCUCUCCACCCGCACUGCCUCCACCUCUCCACCCGCACUCACUUCUCCGCUCCACGGUUCUAUGUAUAUCCCAGGCCCUUCAUUUUCACGGCCCUCAAAGCUCGUCUUUCUCUCUCCACGUUUUACCCGUCCACACCAGGCCUUUCGUCACCACGAGCGCCCACUGCUGCCACUGCCCAUGGGCUCUCCGCCUGGCUUUGUUCUACCUGGCGCUGGUUGCUCGAGGUGGUGAGGGGAGAGCCAGCGGCAUCAGCAGGAACAGCAGGCAGUGCCUGGGGGGAGGGCGGGCAUGAGAGGAAGCAUGGGAGUCAAGAGAGGAGGCCCACUCCAAAAGCAGGCAGGGGGCGUGGGAAAGGGCAUGGGAGUGGACAAGAGAGGGGUGGAGAGCGGUGCAUGCUGGUGCUGUCGUGUCAAGACUCGGGCUGCGGCCUUCCAGCGUCUCUCCACACUGCGAGCGGCACUCAAGGGCCGUCCUACUUCUCCCUCCUCGUGAGCUUUCUACUUCUCUUUCCGACUCAACUCCAUGACUCCAUGUUGAGACUUGAUCUGCGGCUACCCUCCCGUACCCUCCCCUCCCCUCCCCUCCCCUCCCCUCCCCUCCUCUUUCCUCCUCUCCCUUCCUCUCCCUUCUCCUCCCCUCCCCUCCCCUUCUUUCCACGCCCCUCCCUUUGCAUGCUCUUCCUUCCCCUUUCCUCCUCUUCCCUCCCCUCCCCUUCCCUCCCCUUCCCCCCUCGUUUCCCUCGCUCACUCGUCUUCUCUCAUGGUUUUCCUCACACAGCUCCCCACUCUCUCACAUUGUCUUCUCACACGCCCCAUCUCUUCCUACCCUGCUGGUGUGAGCGAUCCAUCUCCCUGUGCGCAUCUGGAACCACCACUGUUGCUACCGCUGGCAUGGCCAUGCGUGCAGGCAUAGGUGUUGGUGCUGGUGCAGGUAAUCGUGCUGGUAGUGUUCGUCUUGGUGGUGCGGCGGAUGAGGCGGUGACGCGGGCGUGGGUGGGGGGGCUGCGAGUGCUGGUGGUGGACGACACGCCCGUCAACCUCCUCGUGGCCCGCCGCUCCCUCGCCCGCUGGGGCGCCCUUGUGACCACCGCCUCUCGUGGGGAGGAGGCAGUUGAGUUAAUCGCUGCUGGAGUGGCGGAGGGGAGAGGGCAGGAGGAGGGGAGAGGCGAACGUGCUGUUGGGGAGGUGGCAAGAGGAGAGCAUGGGGCGAGAGGAGAGCAGGAGGCAAGAGGGCAGGAGGAGGCACGUGCAUCGUUGCAGCAUGGCUUCGACUUGGUUCUCAUGGACCUGCAGAUGCCGGGCAUGGACGGCUUUGCAGCAGCAGCAGCCAUACGAGCCCUUGAAAGGAGAGUGGAGUUUGAAUCAAUUUCACGGGCACAGCAAUCGCAGCAGCAGAGGCUGCAGCACACCCCUUCUGAUCUGCCCGUCACACCCCUACAAUUUUCAAGCCCUGCUGCUGCAGCAGCCGCCGCCGCCGCUGCUGCUGCUUCUGCUGCUGCUGCUGCUGGUGCGGCUGGUGUUGCCGCAACUGCUGAUGCUGCAACUGCUAAUGCUGCUUCUCCUGGUGCUGGGUGGCCCGUGUCUCUGCGGGUGCCCAUAGUGGCUCUGACGGCAGACGUGGAUCGCGGAGUGGUGCAGAGGUGUGCAGAGGGGGGGUUUGACGGUGUGCUGCAGAAGCCAGUGGAUGCCCACCUGCUCGCUGCCCAACUCUCCCAAGUGCACACCCAAAGCGCACUCCUGCGGGCUGUGUCACAGCCGACUGUCGGUCCAGCUAUGAACAGAUAUGACAGCUGCAGCAGACAGUGA